AAGAACGCCACAACAAGUCGACGUUUGGCGUGUUUGUUGACAGUCAGUCCCGGCGGCGUCGUGACAGAGAUACGUUUGUCGUGAAAAGGCUUCUGUGGCAUUUAAUACAUCAUGAGUUCCAUCGGCACUGGGUACGAUCUUUCAGCCUCACAAUUUUCGCCUGAUGGCCGAGUGUUCCAAGUAGAGUAUGCCCAAAAAGCAGUCGAGAACAGUGGAACUGCUGUUGGCUUACGCUGCAAAGAUGGUGUUGUGUUUGCUGUAGAGAAGAUUAUUACCUCAAAACUGUAUGAACCUGGGGCAAACAAGCGCAUCUUCACUGUGGACACACAUGCAGGAAUUGCCUGUGCUGGAUUAUUAGCUGAUGCUCGUGCUAUCGUUGAUGUAGCCAGAAUCGAAGCUUCUAAUUACCGUGCCGAGUAUGGAAUGCCCAUCCCUUGCAUGCUUUUGGCAGAGCGAGUGAGUACCUACCUUCAUGCCUAUACCCUCUACUCUGCUGUAAGACCAUAUGGCUGCUCUGUAAUGAUUGGUGCCUUUGAUAAGGAUGGACCACAGCUUUACCUCACAGAUCCAGCUGGCAUGUGUAAUGGUUUCUAUGGAUGUGCAGUAGGCAAGGCUAAGCAGAAUGCUAAGACAGAAAUCGAGAAGCUGAAACUCAAAGAUUUAAGCUGUAAGGAAUUGGUGAAAGAAGCUGCAAAAAUCAUCUACCUUGUCCACGAUGAAGUAAAAGACCGUCACUUCGAGCUGGAACUGUCUUGGGUCUGCAAAGAGUCUGGGGGCCGUCACCAACGCGUGCCGAAGGACCUGUACGAGGAGGCGGAAAGAUAUGCCAAGGCAGCCCUAGUAGAGGACUCAUCAGAUGAAGACGAGGAGAUGUAGAGGCGAGUGAGUGGGACUUACUAGACACAGAAGGAAGUAAAACAAAUGGUGUAUUUUUGCCUCCCCCUUUUUUUUUUUUUACUUUUUCAUUAUUUGUGAAGACUUGGGUGAUACCGAACGAGAUAUCUGAUAAGAUAGAGUCUUGGGUACAUAAUUGUUUGGUCGUUGCUGAAAUAAACAGUUACUCCAUACAUGAAAUAUUUUGUAUUAACACAUCCCCCUUUUAUAACAAAAUCUUGUGAAUUUGAAGAUCGUUUUGAAUGAUAUGCCCUCAUUGAAUAUGUCCUGCAUUUGGGAUCAUACUCCUAGUGGGAGAGUGAUCUAUUGAAAUUGAUAAUAGGUAUUGUUCAGAGUCAUUCAUGAAUGGCAUUUUAUUUACUGGUUACAUGAAAUUAGAUGUUUUUAUAGCCUAUUGCUUUUCAAAAAGAGUUGAUAUUUCAAGCAAUAGGAAUUCUACACUGGUUAUAAUGAAAGGGAGUCAGGUCAUGCUAACAUAAAACACUGUUUUCUGUUUGUGUGAAUGAAUAAAUUUAAUGAGUA